AUGUCGACAUCAAUAUUCGAAGAAGGUGAAUAUAUAACUUGUCCCUAUGACUCAGCACAUAAAGUACUUUCGGGUAAUUUCAAGCAUCAUCUUCUUCGAUGUUCACAAAAUCAUCCAAACGUAAAAAAACUUCAGUGUCUUUUUAACAGCGCACAUAAAAUAGCACCAAAUAAAUAUUAUGAUCAUUUAGUUGAAUGCCCCGAUAACCCUGCAACGUAA